AUGUUGAAGCUUGGUGAUUGUUUCCAAAAUGCUUUAAACACCGAAAUGAAUGAACAUUUAAAUUUGGUUACUUCAAUCAAAGUUUUGGUUGUUGACCGUAAGAUGGACUUCCUUGGUUAUGUUGCAGACAUGCUACAUUCAUGUUCAUUUGAAGUUACAUGUGUUGAUCAUUCGGGUGCGGCUUUGAAAUUGCUCACCAAAAAGAAGAUAAAAUUUGAUCUCCUUCUGAUAGACAGCGACAUAAGUGAUGUUGAUGUUCAUACAUUUCUUAGUUUAACAAAGAACAUGGACGUACUACCCAUUGUGAUGUCUGAGCAAGAGGAUGAUGCAUUCCUAUUUGAAGCUUUAAAGAAUGGUGCUUUUCUUGUCCUCAAGAGGCCACUUACUAUCGAUGCAGUAAGGCAUAUGCGUCAAGACAUUAUCAGAGAGAGAAUGCGUAAGCAUGAAAAAUGUAAAAAAAAGAACAUGGUUGUUAAGGCCACAACACAAGCAACAACGAUACAAGAAAAUAUAAGAUCUGGUCGUAAAAGGAAGGAAACAUGCGGCCCAAUGAAGCAAGUGAUCAACAAAAUUAAUCCUGACAAUAAUCUACUCUACCAAUCAUCCGAAGAAGAAGAAGAUGAUGAUGUUGAUGAUGAUAAUGAUGUUGAUGAUGAUAGCACGCAAAAAAGGGUAUGCUUGGAGUGGACCCCAGAGCUUCACAAGAAAUUCCUUGAUGCUAUCACUGAGCUUGGUGAAGGAAGAUGUUUUCCAAAGGAGAUACUUAAUCUUAUGGAUGUCCCUGGUCUUACGAGAAUGCAGGUUGCUAGUCAUCUCCAGAUUCAAACACCCCUACCUCUAUUGGGAUAA